AGGUCCCCCCAAGUUCCCGGGUACUGGGGGGAGGAAAGACAGGGGAGAGUAUGGAACAAGAAAGGAAAGAAGAGUCAUAGAGAGGGGAUAGGAGUGGAGACGAGAGAGUAAACUGAAAAAAGAAUGAAAAAAGUUGGGGAGAAAGGUAGAGAAAGAAGGAAAAGAGAAGAAAGGUGAGAAAUAAAGAGAUAAGACGAGAGAGGAGUUGGAAGGAGGAAAAGAAAGAAAAGGAAAAUAAAUAUUUUUGAAGGAGAGAUGGAGAGAGUGGGAGAGAGGGUUGGAGCAGGCAGGAGGAAAUAGGAGAGCCUUCCAGGGGCAGCUCCCUAGCACACACUGGGCCGUUCAGCAGCCAAAUCACCUGCCGCUUGAGGUUUUAGCUCAUUUACACAGAGCAGGUGUGUAUAAAUAUGGAUUGCAAAGGGGAUGCUCUCAGAGGCCUGGAAAUCACAUUUCUGAGAUGGGAACUUACUCAUAAAAGGGAUUGUAGGCCAGGAGCACAGCAGGUGGGAGAUGCCUGUUUAGAGGACCAGCCUCCAGGGCUGCCAUUUCCUGGGCGCAGGGGGUACAUGGAGUCAUUUGAACGAGGCUCCUCAUAUUUCCUAGGCUACAUUCAAGGACCGUUCUGGUCAGAGACUGCAAAUUGCAUCUCCCACUGGUUAAGGCCAACAGACAUUGUUUGGCAUGAGCUCUGUUUAAUUUUUUUUUCCAUUUUAAUUAGUUGACCACAUUUAAAACUAGGAGAUUCACAUAUAAAUCCAGAGUUACAUCUUUGAAAAUUUGGAAGUCCUGGCCAGAGAGGAUUUUAUUUCUCCUGGGAAAUGAAUGUAUCAGAAUGUAUUUUCUCCUGGGAAAUGAAUGUAUCAGAGCUGAGCACUAGCUAUACCAUAAGAUGGGUGUUGUUCUGUCUUUAGGAACUUCCCUCAUGUAAGUUCUUGCUUGGCCACAGGAAGCAUUUGGUUUACUUGUUGUGCUUUAGACCUUGGCCUGGGAAUUCACUUUCUCUUUAAGAAAAGAGAUUUUGCUUCUUCUCCAAUGAAACACCAAAUGGUGGAUGACGCCAGUGCCGGGGGGGGGGGGGGGGGGGCGGGGGGGGAGGGGUGGGGCCCUGGGAUGGGGAACCCCGGUGGCUUCCGCGGAGGUUUCAGCAGUGGCAUCCGGGGCCGGGGUCGCGGCCGUGGACGCGGCCAGGGCCGAGGCCGCCAAGCUCGUGGAGGCAAAGCCGAGGAUAAGGAGUGGAUGCCUGUCACCAAGUUGGGCCGCCUGGUCAAAGACAUGAAGAUUAAAUCUCUGGAGGAGAUCUAUCUCUUCUCUCUGCCCAUCAAGGAAUCUGAGAUCAUUGACUUUUUCCUGGGGGCCUCUCUCAAGGAUGAGGUUUUGAAGAUUAUGCCGGUGCAGAAGCAGACCCGUGCUGGCCAGCGCACCAGGUUCAAGGGGUUUGUUGCUAUUGGGGACUACAAUGGUCACGUCGGUGUUAAGUGUUCCAAGGAGGUGGCCACUGCCAUCCGUGGGGCCAUCAUGCUGGCCAAGCUCUCCAUUGUCCCUGUGCACAGAGGCUACUGGGGGAACAAGAUUGGCAAGCCCCACACUAUCCCUUGCAAGGUGACAGGCCGCUAUGGUUCUUUGCUGCGCCUCAUCCCCGUGGCCAGGGGUACUGGCAUCGUCUCAGCGCCUGUGCCCAAGAAGCUGCAUAUGAUGGCUGGUAUCGAUGAUUGCUACACCUCAGCUAGGGGCUGCACUGCCACCUUGGGCAACUUUGCCAAGCCCACCUUUGAUGCCAUCUCUAAGACUUACAACUACCUGACCCCCGAUCUCUGGAAGGAGACUGUGUUCACCAAGUCUCCCUAUCAGGAAUUCACUGACCACCUUGUCAAGACCUACACCAGAGUCUCCGUGCAGAGGACCCAAGCUCCAGCUGUGGCUACAACAUAGGGUUUUUAUACAAGAAAAAUAAAGUGAAUUAA